AUGGUACGGGACCCCUCGAUCGUCUCGCCCUCCCUCACUGGAUCCGGGGUUUCUCAGCUGGCGAACGCCAACUUCGACACCGGCAGACCGACCGUCCCCGGGUCGACCCUCGGCGGUGAGACCACGUGCUCUGUGUGCUUCACCAACCCGAAAUCGCACGUCGCGGCUCCCUGCGGCCACCAGUGCGCGUGCGGCCCCUGCUCCGCCAGGAUGGAGUCGUGCCCCAUCUGCCGCGCCCCCGUGCUGAUGUGGAUGCAGCUCCGCGUUGCCUAA